AUGUUUUCGCCUAAUUUCAUCUUCCUCUUAUUCAUCGCCAUCUCUCUCACCUUCAACAUGAGUGUACUGGCAGACGGGCCUGCCGUGGGCCCCCCAAGUAUCCCCUGCCCAGCCGGACCACCCGGAAUGCCAGGACGCCCAGGAGCACCGGGAGUAGAUGGAAUGCCCGGAUUUCCUGGGCCUAAAGGUCAAUCCGGAAUAAAAGGUGAGGUUGGCCCUCGUGGAAGGCUUCCAGAAGCAGAAGCAGCCGUACUAACGUGUUACAGGUGUGCCAAUAUUGAUAAUUAUUUUGACUGCAACGAGUUAAGCCCAGCCUAUUACCGACACUUCUGCAAUGGAACCAAAUGCCUCUAUAGCGUUUCUGCCUUUUAUAACAGUGGACAUAAUGAUCCGUGGAGAAAAGAAUUGUCCGUGGUCGAAAAGACGAAUUUGACCAUAUCAUUUUCCACCCCGUGA